AUGUCAAAGCCUUCAAUGUCCAAGCCCGCCAGUAUCGUCUCCGUGACGGAGACCGCGAACGGUGACCUCGAGCUAGAACAACUGACAGACCUGGGCCUCCAACGGAAUAGUGACGGUUUGAUUUGUUGGCUGCCGGACAGCAAAGACCAUCCUCGAAACUGGAGCGUUGCGAGGAAGACUUUCGACACGACCGUCAUCAUAUUCCUCGAGUUCUUUGUCACUGUUGUCAGCACGGCCGGGGCCGCAGCGGCACACGCAGCGCAACCAGAGUAUGGCGUUGACAAAGUGUCUUCGAUCCUGGCCUUCACCUUCAUGUACAACCUCGGCCAGGCCUUCGGCGGUCUCGUAACCCCAGCGCUAUCCGAGCUCAUCGGACGACGGACGCCCUACCUCGUAUCCUGCGCCGCCUUCAGCAUCUGCUGCCUCCUAACCGGCAUCGUCCCGCACAUAUCAGCCGUGUGGAUCGGCCGCUUCCUCGCGGGCUUCACGUCGGCGGUGCCGGCGGUGGUGACGGCGGGCAGCAUCCACGACAUGUUCGACGGCGGCCAGCGCGUGUGGCUGGUCGUGGUGUGGAACGCCGGCUCGACGGCCGGGCUGUGCCUCGGCCCCCUGUACGGCGCCUACAUCCUGGCGGCGAGCGGCUCCUGGCGCUGGAUCUUCUACGUCUCGGCUGCCGUUUCGGCUGUCUGCUUCGCCUGUCUCCUUGGUGUGAAGGAGAGUAGGCCCAGCCAGGUGCUGAAGCGAAAGAUCGCCGUCCUGGCCGCCCGCGGCGGCGUGGCUAGCCUCGACUGGUUUAACCCCGACCAUGCGCCCGACGCUGAGGCGCUGGUCCGGUUGGUUGUUGUUCAGCCGCUCAAACUAUUGGGGACGGAGCCGAUCGUCAUCAUGGUCACGACCAUCUCGGCCGUGUCGUGGGGUAUCAUCUAUCUCUUCACUGAGUCGCUGCCGGAUGUUUAUAUGUCCAUGUCGGCUGGCUUUACGCGCACGACGGCUGCGAUGGCGUUCUUGGCCUUUUUGCCCGGUGUUGCGCUCAGUUUUCUGCCGCGCCUGUGGGAUCGAAGGGCCGUUCGUCGGGGGUUGCAGCGGGGAGAGAGGAUACAGCCUGAGGAUAAGAUCAUGGGCUUUGCUAUCGCCGCGCCCGCACUGGCCGUCGGACUGAUGUGGUUUGCCUGGACGAUCCCCCCGGCCGCUCCUCAGGUCCACUGGCUGGUCCCCACGGCGGCGUUGGUGCUGGUCGGAUUUGCCGUCAACGAGAUGGCUUACACGCUCAGCGCCUAUCUCACCGACGCCUACCUGCUUUAUGCGGCGUCAGCGUUCUGCGGCUUGGCCUUCGUGCGGGCCCUAGUGUCAGGUGUCAUGCCGCUGGUGGCGCAUCGCAUGUAUCCGGGUCUCGGGGCCAACAUUGCCGGCACGGUUGUUGCCUGCUUUGCACUGGUCUUCUGUCUUGCCCCGUGGGUUUUCUUCCGUUAUGGGAGAGUGCUGAGGGAGAAGAGCCCGUUCGCCAAACACAGUUUGGAAAGUCAUCUCAAGAGUCAACUUUCGUCGCAGGCUAAGUCGGAGGAGAGCUUGUAG